AUUUCCAAGAAUCGCCGGCAAGGCUAACGUCCGCCACCUCCGCGGCUGCGCCCACCCCCUCUCGCUUUCAUCUACGUAAGAAAGAAUAGAAAAAGGAAAGAGAAAAGAAAAGCGUUUUCCUUUUCCAACUGAAAAUUCCUCUUUCUGUUCAGCUGUGGAGAAACCGAGGCGGAAACUAGGGCACGCCCGAGAGCUGCACCUGCUCGCUCCCUCGAUCGGACGGCCAAUAUUCAAUCAGAUUCCCCCCUUCCCCCUCCUUUUUCUGCGAUUCUGGAUUAGGGUUUCGGGAGCGAGUUUCUGGUAAUGCGUCGUUCCUGAGGGAUCCUCUGCUGACGUGGAGGGUCCCCCUUCUGGUGCCGGUCUUUGUAAUUCUUCGAAGUUUGGAGGGUAGAAUCGUUUUAGGCUUGGAAGGUAGUUCAGAGCAUCGGUAGUGGCCGCAGCAGCGAUGGUUACAACGCGGUUUUCGUGGUCGUAUGGAGGCCGUGAUGUUUUUCUCAGUGGUUCCUUCACAGGGUGGAGCAAGCAUGUUCCAAUGACUCUAGUGGAGGGAUCGUCCACGGUUUUCCUGGCAAUUUGUAAUCUCGCACCUGGUCAUCAUAAGUACAAGUUUUUGGUUGAUGGCGUAUGGCGGCAUGAUGAACAACAGCCUUUUUUUACUGAUGAAUAUGGAAUAGUGAACAAUUUCAUAUUUGUAAGGGAACCAGAAGUGGUCUCUUCGGUGUUACGUCCAGUGGCUUCUAUCAUUCAGCCACACAUGGAGGUCGAUAAUGGCGCCUAUCAGCAUGCGGCUUCGUCGUCAGGGGGCAUGCAUCGGGAGCUUAUGGCACGGUUUCCAGAUGCAGAUAUCAAUGUUUCACGUGGUCGGAUUUCUGUACUUUUGUCAAGUUAUACGGCAUAUGAGUUGCUUCCCGAGUCAGGCAAGGUAUCCGCCCUAGAUGUUAAAUUGCCCGUCAAACGAGCAUUCCAUAUCAUGUAUGAACAGGGCCUUGCUGUUGUGCCUAUUUGGGAUGAUUCUCGACGACAGUUUUCAGGAAUGCUUACCGCUUCUGACUUCAUAUUAAUCUUAAGAGAGCUUCAUAAUAAUGGAUCGAUGCUGACUAAUGAAGAGCUGGAAGUACAUUCAAUUUCUGCUUGGAAGGAAGAAAAAUUAAGACUCAAUGGACAACCUGAUGGGCCUGCACAGCCAUUUAGAAGGCCUCUGAUCCAGGCUGGUCCGCAUGAGUCUCUAAAAGAUGUUGCUCUGCGGAUUCUGCAAAACAAGAUAUCUGUAGUUCCUAUCAUCCAUUCUCCCAUGCAUGAUGGGUCAUGCCCGCAGUUAUUACAUCUUGCAUGCCUUCCUGGGAUACUAAAAUAUAUUUGCAGGCACUUUAGACACUCUCCUGGAUCAGUACCGCUUUUGCAACAACCAAUAUUUGCAAUUCCUUUAGGAACAUGGGCAGCAGAAAUGGGUGUAGCCAGUAGACGACAAUUAAUAGUAUUGCGGCCAAGUGCCCCUUUAAGUUCAGCUCUUAAUUUAUUAAUGGAAGCUCAAGUAAGUUCCAUACCAAUUGUCGAUGACAAUGGAUCCCUGCUAGAUGUGUACUCUCGAAGUGAUAUUACAGCCUUAGCAAGAGGUGGUGCAUAUGCUCAUAUUUCGCUUGAUCAAACGAGUAUGCAAAAUGUAUUCCUCACUGCGAUCUGGCAGAUUGACUGAUCAGGCUGGUGGGCCAUGCUUGUAUGAGAAAAAUGGAUGGUUAGAGAAGCCGAGCAUGGGCCCAUAUCCAACAAACAUGCAUGGCCUACCUGACAAGUGGACUGGCCUGAUUUCUGCUCCAGGGCAUGUGUACAGUGCAACCAAUGGAUGGAUAGGGUCUCGUGUAUAUGCUGAGUUGGGUGUGCUGCAAAGCCUCAUGUCUAUACCAUGAGAACAAGUUUGGAUUCCUCCAUUUGAGUACAUGGCAAACAGAUCUGCAGUAUGCCGAUGGGAAUGAUAACAAGAAACACUCCAUAAUUGUAUGCUAAAAGAACAAUGAACAGAUUUAACUAGGUAACGUUGGUUUCUUACAGGAAAAGGACAACAGAUUCUAUCAACCAUCUUUUUUAACCCUAAAGAAAUCAUUGAAUAUUCUAUGCCUUUGUAGUAGAAUGAAAGCUGAUGAUGUCACGUCCUGGAAUCUAA